GCACAUACACUGGCCAUUCACACGAUACCAAAAGCACCUAGGGAGCCGACACUAUCCAUACCGCGCAUAAUAACCGAGGACUACGACUGCGGGCCCAACAGCGCACCGGUCAUAAUGCCAGUCACCGGACGGUCGCACUCAUUACAAACACCGGACGACACGCUGGACAUCGUCGGCAAACAGCGGAUGCGCUCACUAUCGGGACCAUCGCAUCCCAUAUCCCUAUCGCCAAACGUACGCCACUCGGCGCUCAUCAGCGGCCUGGGAGGGGGCGGAAGCGGCGGCAGCGGUGGCGGCAGUGUUAGCGGUAGUCAUCGGCUAAUCAAUCGGCGCCAGUCGGAGGACUCGGAGGCGGCCACCGGUGCCGGCGGUCAGUACGUCAGGUCGAGGGUCAGCCCGAGUUCCAGCAGUUUUUUGGACUCAUUCCGGCCGCGAAGUACGAGCGACUCGCGGGCGCCCAAAAAGUCAUCGAUGAUCGCGACGCUCAAGAAUAAUCUGCUCGGCACCGGCAGCAGCUCCGGCACAGCCAAUCAUAAUAACCAUAAUAAUCAUAAGCAAAGCUCCUGCCCCGUCACGCCCAACCACUUCGACCCAUUCCUGUUGACCGACAGCCCCUUUAGGGCUCAGGAGGGCCGACCCCGUUCACGGAGCGGCUCCAGCGGGUCGGCCGGCGCCGUCUCCCGUAUGAUUGAUAUUUUUCGCGGCCGUUCCCACUCCAUAGCCGCCGGUGUGGACGCCAAGCCCUUUAAGCAGCAAAAUGUAUACGAGUUUGGCCUAAAUUCCGGGCCCCAGCAUAUAUGGGGAAUGAAGGCAAAUCAGUCGCUAUACCGACGCCACGACAUACCACACCAUUCA